CCUUCUACCCUUUUCAAACUUCAAUGCAGGUAGUGACAAAUCUUUUAAACAAUGAAAGUGUAUGUGAUAUUGACCAUUUACGCUUAGUGAUGCUUUAUGCUUUGCGCUACGAGAAGGAAAGCCCUGUUCAAUUGAUGCAACUUUUCAACAAACUAGCUUCUCGGUUUGCCAAGUACAAACCAGGGCUUGUUCAGAUCGUCUUGAAGCAAGCAGGGGUUGAUAAGCGAACUGGGGAUCUUUUUGGAAAUCGAGAUCUUUUGAAUAUUGCUUGUAACAUGGCUCGUGGACUGAAGGGGUUUGAGAAUGUUUACACCUGUAAGGAUACAGCUGUAGUUGUCAAGGAUAACAGCUAAUUCAUAAGCAGGUAGAGUUACUGAUUUUAGUUACUGAUGUAUCACAGCUGUAGUAUUCAAAAUACAAAUCUCGGAUUGUGAUGAGAUAGGAUUAGGAUAAGAUAGAAUUGUGUUUUGAAUUUGUAUCUAAGUGAUAAGAUAGAAGUAUAUAUGAAUUUGUAUACAUGUGAUAAGUCAGAAUUGUAUUUGAAUUUGAAUCUGUAACAAACUCUUCUAUAAAUGAAAUGCCUUGAACUGUUAAAGGUAAGGCUUGAAAACAAAUUCAAUUAUCCUGUUUCUACAUGGUAUCAAAGCUAUUGUGACAUACGUCCUUUUUUUU